AUGUCCAACCGGCCCGUCAACCAUUAUGAGGCGUUGGGUGUGAAAGCCACCGCCACUUCAGCCGAGAUCAAGUCCGCUUUCUACGAACUCUCCAAGCAGUACCAUCCAGAUCUGAACCCGGACGACAAGGACAAGGCAGCAGAGCAGUUUCAGAAGGUAUUUCAAUUUUUAUUUCCUCUUUUUCUAAAUUUUAGAGAUUCCUUUGAUCCUACCUUAUUUUAGGUAGCAGCUGCGUAUGAAAUCCUUGGGAACGAGACGAAACGGAAGGAAUACGACCGAAAUUUUGGUCAACCACGUAGAACACGAGCCAAUCCUUAUGAUCAUUCAGAAGCGCGCCGAAGGCGGGGUAAUUUCCAUCAAUCAUCGGCGGAAUUUCGAGAUUUUGAUAGGCAAUUUCGGGAAUUUGCUUCGAGGUAAGUGAAAGUGAAACUUUUGAUGGUGUUUUUUUGUUUUUAGACAGAACAGAGAGGAGUUUAAUGAUCCGGAUGAGUUUUUCAAGAAGUUUGGGAAUAGGAAGUUUAAAUCCCGGCUCGAUUUCGACGAUAUCCCACCUGAUUAUAAGGUAAGUCAAUAUAUUUUUUGUUUCUUGAGAUUUAGGGAGGCUAACACUCUUUCUUCCAGACCUAUAACGAUGCUCAGGCAAAGGCCCGGGAUGCCGAAGAGCUUCGGAUUCGUAGAGAAAUCGAGAUGGAUAAGUUGAAGAGGCCGUUUCCAAUUCCGACCUUUGAACAAAUGGCCAGAGAUGAGUUGGCGCGCAAACGGCUGGAUGGGAAAGACACUUGGAAAAUGAUUGUUAUGGGGUUGAUAAUCAUCUUCUUCGGACACAUGGUUUCGCGACCAGCUUAG